GACAAACAAAUUUGCGGUGUUCGGUUCAUUUCGUAUCUUGAUGAUGCAAAUUUACAUUAUAAAUCGUGAUAUUCAUUAAAAUUAUUCCAAUGGUGGAUUAAUUAGAACAAAGUUGAACAUGCCUUUCUCCAAAACUGCAAUAUCUCUUCUGUGCGUGUUGUUAUUACUUUCAAUAUUUGUGAUGAAUUUGCUUAACAGUAUUGCGACGGAUCACAGUUACUCUGAAAACCAGAGAGAAGGCGAAAAUUUCACUAAAUACUUGGCUGAUAAAUACGGGCACAUAACAGACGCAAAGGAAAAUUUAAUAUGGUUUAUGCAAAUAUCGGACAUCCAUUUAAGCAUAUUUAGGGAUCCAGGGAGAAUAUCACAGUUUCAGCAAUUUUGUGAUAGCACUGUGAAAAAAAUAAAACCAGCAAUUGUGCUGGCAACUGGGGACUUGACUGAUGCGAAAGCCAAAGAUAACCUAGGCAGCUCCCAGGUUAAGACGGAAUGGGUUUAUUACCACAAUAUUAUUAAAGAAUCCAGAGUCACAGAAGAAACUGUUUGGUUAGACAUAAGAGGCAAUCAUGAUAAUUUUAACAUUAGAACAUUAAACUCACAAGAAAAUUUCUUCAGAAACUUUUCUGUUCAGGGAAAAACAUAUCCUAAAUCAUAUGUGCAUUUUGAAGAGAAGAAUGGUGUUAGGGUUGCAUUUAUUGGCAUAGAUGCAUGCCCAGAGCCUGGUUUGAGGAGACCUUUCAACUUUGUUGGUAUUCUUGACAGUCAAGAACAAAAACAAAUAAAAAAAUUACAAGCAGAGGCAAAUGCAAAAGCUGAUCAUAUUGUUUGGUUUGGGCACUACCCUACAUCAUGCAUCCUAUCACUUGACACAGGCACUGAGAAGCUGAAUCUGAGGACACUGAUUGGUGACAGCAAAGGUUCUCAAGUAUAUGUGUGUGGGCAUCUGCACACUAUGGCUGGCCGUGUUCCUAAAAUGUACACAAGGCAUAGAAAAGGAUACAUGGAAAUUGAACUAGGAGAUUGGAAGGACAACAGAAUGUAUCGCCUUGCAGCCAUAGAUCAUGGUAUAUUUUCAUUUGUAGAUCAGAAACAUAACACAUGGCCUCUUGUGUUGGUCACAAACCCAAAACAUGCAAAAUAUACUUUGCCUGGAAGGGAACCCCUGCAACUGAUACCAGAUUCAACUCAUAUAAGGAUCCUUGCAUUUAGUGAUGUCAACAUUGACACUGUUCAAAUAUCCUUUGAUAAAAUUAGCUGGAUGAAUUGUAAACAUUCAGAAGGACCUCUUUAUGUCUGUCAAUGGCUGCCACACUUGUUUUUACGAGAUAUUAAUUAUCUCUAUGUAACAGUCAGUGAUGAGUUGGGAAAACAGGCAUUUGUUGAACAUCCAUUUUCUAUGGAUGGUUCCACCUUGAAUUUCGACAUAAUGGCGAGAAUACUCCUUAUGCUUGAUGCACGAGUAGUGUUCCAGGCAAUAUUUGGAACUCUGCUUUUGAUGAACGUUUUUCCCUUAGUGUAUUUACGGUGGCAAAAGCAACCACCGAGAUGUCGAAGAAGAUUGACCCGCUAUGUGCUGAGAAGCCUGUGGCUCCUGAGUAAAAUUGACAAAAUAUACUAUUCAAUCGUUCUGUAUGCAGUUUACGUGCCACUCGGGCCCUGGGCGGUUGGCGAGCUAAUCGAUGGGCACGUGGGCGUGGUCUUCGCCUGGGGGAUAUUGAUAAAAGGAACAUUUUUGCCUGAGCCGUUCACUUAUAUGUAUGGAGGAGUACAGCUACUGUUUAUACAAAUCCCUCUUAUAUUUGUGUUAUCACACACAUUACAGAAUCGACUUUAUAGUUCAUAUUCUAGAGGCUUCAAAAGAUUGAUUCAUAAUCUACCAUUCAUUAUGCUACUCUCAGUUCAGUUGUUGUUGGCAUACUUCUUUUGGUUAGAAUAUGGAAGCCUGGCGUUUAUAUUUGGACCUCUCAGAACAUGGAGUGUUUUACUAAGUAUUACAUUGUGGUACAAAAUCUUAACACUACCUCCCGAUUACUGCAGAAAACUUGUACAUUUGAACGAGCACACGCCAUCGUAAUAUUGUCUUCGCGUGAAGAUAUCGUAGGUAUGAGGCAUUGAAUAAAUCAUUUUAUAAGAGAGCGGCCGCUAAUAGAAAAGGUAUUCCUUUAUUGCGUAGAUAAUAGUUACUGUCUGUGUGAACUUGGUGACUUACUGUAGGUUAACUAUUCGUUUCAAACCAGAUAAUAUUUUUUAAAUAUUCAUUGUGGUCUCUGAGAAAAAUGUCUGUGUUUUAAAUAGUAUUAGUGUCCAGUGUAAAUAGAGAACGCGAUUUCGCUUAUACAUAGACUCAAACUGUUUCAAGCACGAAGAGGGCUUGUCAUAUAGCCGUUUUGGAGCUUGGUAGCCUUUGUUCAGUAUUGCAUUAAGUAUUUACUGUAACUACUGUAAAUAUAUUGGUCAUGGGCUGCAUAUUAAUAGACAGUUUGUUGGCGACGCUAUCGUCAACGACAGUUUCUAGUCCAUUAUGGCGGCGAACAAUCAAUCAGAAAACUAAAGCCACGUCUCAAUAAGGCGUAGGGUCGACACGUCUUAGGAACAUGUAGUGUAUAUUUUUGGAUCAACUGUAGACUUGCUGCCUUGUUAAUGGUGUAAAGUAAAAAUAAAUAAUCAUUUGCGUUAAAUUGUUCUUAAGUAAUAAUUCGAUGAUAAAUUGAAUGAAAUAGAUGUCACAUAGCAGUUUUUACUAAGGAAAGUGACCAAGCCCUCCACUGGCAUAGGCCGAAUUCGUACUGGGGUCUUCAGCUUUCGCGGCUGACGCCAUAAUCUCUGGACCACCCGGUCACAGCGACACUUCUCUUUUUCUUUCUUCUAUUUGAAAGACUAAAUAGGCGCCUCAGACCAUACUCUAAAAUAUUUAACAAAUUAAAUUAAUGUUUCUUAGUUGAAAAAAGUCUUGAAAAAAUAUGCUCUCAUUAAAAAUAAAGUUCGUCGUUUGUUCGUCGCGCGGUGUCGCAGGAAAAGGAAUUAACUUAAAAGGAGUUUUUAAAACAACGGUUUUUGCAACGACACCGAAUUGAUAAAGUUUCACGUAGAGUACCUACGUGAAGUACAUGAAACCGGUAUAAAAACAUAAUUGGCUGGCUGAUUGGCUUUUCAAAAAAGUGUACCAGGUGCAUUCCACGAGAAUGUCCCUUACGAAACAUUCUUCUAAUAGUUCUGAAAAGGCUGAGAAAAUAAUAUUGGGUCAGGGGGCCGAUUUUUGACGUUCGAGCGGUUGAUUUCGUCACUAGAAAGUCUGUGGGAAACGGCGAAUUGAUAAUUUAGAAAUACGAGCAAUAGAUAUUGGGAAUCUAGUGGUAGUGACCACUCGUUUUCAAUUCUAUUAGUAGAAUUUAAAUGCAUAGUAGUGGAGAUAUAUUGAAGGGAAAAUCACGAAAUCGAGCGCUCGAAAUUCAAAAAUCGGCCCCCUGGUAGGUAAUAUUUCAUGACUUUGCUAACAAAUUGGCAGUAUGUUCUCGAGCUUCACGGAUUUGAUUGAAAUAACUGCCAUACAAGGCAAAAGCAUUUCGUAAGGGACAUCCUCGUGCAAUGCCCCACCAUUAACUUUUUUUCUCGGGAUUCUGAGUAGAAAUAACCCAAAAGUUGAUAGUUCUUCGAAAAAAGUAAAUGGUACACUUUUUUACUAAAAAUGCCGAUCCGGGCCUUGCCGCUAAACUCCUCUUGCAAAAAUAUUUUCUUAAACAUCUGGUAAAAUCCCCUUUAGGCUUCGUUUAAUGACGGAAGUUAUAAGUUAAAGGUUACCGUUUUGCACAAAACGCUGAGCUUAACUUGGAAUCAAAGCUUUAACGGUUAAGGGACGCGUGGGUAAUAUAAGCUUAAGCAUUAGUAAUCACCAUUUAUUAAAUUAAAUUCCACAUUCCAAAUGAGUCAUCACAUAUAGGUACCUACCUAAGAGAAUAUUUUACUUUUACUAAGGUAACUUUUUCCUAGAUACCUACGCAGUAUUUUUCUGCAAAAUUUUAGCACGCUUAUAUUUUAACCGAUAAGAGGUCAAACCCUUUUAUAUAAUUACAUAUUUUUAGUUAUAGUUUUUACCAGCAAAGCAGCAAAGCAGUGUAUGCGCUCUUGUUAAUAGUCAUACUUGUUAUGAACAAAAUGCUGCACUUCAUGAUAAAAGCAAGCCGCUUUGCACAGUGAUAGUAGGGACAAAAUUGAGCGAUUUGACCCGCAGCAGCGGCAGUUUCACCCCUUAGGAACAGAGAUGACGCCACUUCUUUAAAAAAUAUUUCAAAAAAUUCUACAAACUAAACUAAUGAACCGAUUUAAAUAUUUAAUAUCUCAAAUGAAAGCUUAUUAUAUACAUUACAUUUAAAAAAUACAUAAAAAUAUAUACUGAAUACUUUUGACAAAAAACGGCAUCUUAAGUUUUUUUUUUUACGAUUGAUAGUUUUUACUUGAUUUCUCAAAAAAAUGUAUGGAACAUGAAUAGUUUAAUGCAUGUAUAUAUUACUGAAUAAA